GCCAUUAGGCAUAUUGCGAAAUACUAAAAAGUAACGAAUCAUGAUCGAAUGGCAUAUUAUUGUUUCUAUGAUCGAAAGUUUGAAAUAAUGGAUUGUUGUGGUGUGUAAUUUCGCAAUAUUAAAAGUCAUACAAUAAUUAAUGCAGUGACUACCUACACUAUAGCCUUUAUAAGUUCUGUUGGCAAAAUUCUCCAUCCUAUUCAUUAAUCAUCAUUUGACCCUAAGUGACGUAAAAAUUGUGAACAAUCGUGAUUAGACAAUAAAAAAAAAAUGGAAUUUCCUCAUCUUGGAAAAAAUUGUUCUUAUGAAUCUUGCAAUAAACUGGAUUUCUUGCCGAUGAAAUGUGGUGCUUGUCGUGAAGUGUUCUGCGCCGAUCAUUUUGCUUAUGCGAAACACGAGUGCCCCGAGCCGAACGUACGUGACGUGCAAGUGCCAGUGUGUCCGCUGUGCGGGGCUCCAGUGCCGGGUCGGAGGGGUCAACCACCAGACCUGGCAGUUGGGGCUCACAUAGAUAACCAGUGUACAUCUGAUCCUGCAGUAGAGAGACGCAAGAAGGUGUUCACGAACCGUUGUUCAUACAAGAGCUGCAAAAGGAAGGAGAUGGUGCCGCUGGUAUGUUCUGAAUGCGCACUCAACUUCUGUCUAAGGCACAGACACACGGCCGACCACUUGUGCGAAGGGAAACUUGCCGCCAAGAGGAGACAAGCCGCUAAGGCUGCCAUGGCCCGGAUGAGACAAAACGAAAGUCUAUGGAUCCGGAACGAGGCCCCGCUGCCCUCCGCUGUCAGCAGCUUCUCUGAGGUCCAGGGGAACAUGACAGAAGACGAGGCGUUGGCUCACGCGCUGGCGUUGUCGAUGCAGGAGAACGUGAACAUAGAGUCCGGCGACACCAGCCUCGCGCGCGCCCUCACCCGCCAGCGCGUCGGCGGCGACCAGCCCGCCCGCUGCACCGUGUCCUAACUUCGGUAGACAAUUCCAAUCCAUCUCUUUCACACAGAUAACUAGCAAAAAUUACCAUUUCGGCACUCGCAAGCGUUACCGUAGAUUGGGGGGAAUUGGGACCCUUUCCAAAUCCAACACAAAACUUCAAUGGUUUUUCUUAGGGUAAUACCAAUAAAAUUGAGAUUAAAAUGGUUCCGGAGAUUUAAAUAUACGAUGCGCUAUUAUCAGUGGUCAGAGUAGGUAGAUUGAUUUUAUAUACUUGCGUCAAGAUAUUAUAAUAUGGACAUGCCAUUUUAUCCAUGGUUAUUUUUUUAAAUUGAAAAAAUAGUGUUUUUAAUCCUCAUCGGAUACAAUUUCUAUAUUUAUGAGAUACUUGAAAAAAUCCCUGUCUAAGUUUUGUCUCAUACUGACAAGCGUCAUUUCUAAUUCAACAGAAAGGGACAAAAUACAGUGUAACUAUUCCAAGGUGUUUUUGUAUAAAAUAAAAUACUGAUUUCUUUCACCAUUAGCUAGCACUGGUAGCGUAGAUUAAUAUUAUUGAUACGUUUUUCACCUUAAACACAGAUUCAUGCUAAUUUCAAAAUUCCGGAACAAAUAUCACAAUAAAUAUGAAGUUCCGGUAUUUUGGAGGCAUAUCCAUAUUAUCCUCAACGUUUGACGUCAACGACCUUAAUCUACCUACUCCGACCUCUAGUUAUUAUGCAUAGUUCAUUACAAAAUAUACACAAAUACUGAAAAAACUAGCUUGACCCGAUUCACCUUAGCUUUUGGGUGAAUCAGGUUACGUAUGGGGACAAUAGAGUUUUUCGAUAGGGCUGGUACUAUUUAGUUGUUAGGUACGUACCUAACUUUAGAUAAUUAACUUUUUAAUAUAUUUAAUGAGUUUACAAAACUUUGAGGACUAAAUUAAACUAUUUAAUAUUCUUAAAUACUAUAUAAAAGUAAUUAUCAGUUCAACAAAGUUAAAUCUAACAACUCAACAAAAGUGUUGUGACAUUCCAGAUUUGUCCCUAUUCGAACUCUAGUCUCUAUUCCCCCCAAUCUAUUUAUGUAUUCGAUAAGUUCUACUGAACUUGUGCUGUAUAUAUUGACUUCAUGUCUAUUUAUCUCUAUCACUAAUUAUUGUGAGUAUAAUUCAGGAUCCACUAGACACUUACAUAUAUGUGUAUAUAUAUAUCACUACACUCUGAGCUCUGCUAACGUUGGUCUGAACAUCGGUUGGAUCUGUUGGAAUACGAAUUUCAGUGAUGUAUUCAUUAUCAUAAUCUUAAGCUAAGGUGCUGGAUCUGAUUUUGAAUCGGUUGAAAAUAACUGUGGAGAGUUAUUGUAAAACUCGAGUGAUUAGUUAAAAAUGUUUAGCGAAAAGUCGAUCAAAUUGAGAACUCAUUAAAACACUGGCUACACUCAAACAGGAUAUUUAGAUGCGGCAACUCUGCAUAAAUCGUGCUAUUUAAUUCAGAAUAAAUACUUUUAAUAUUAUAAUAAUAGUGCAAAUUGUUCAUUGAUUACAUUAAUAUCAUAUUGUUGAUUUGUUACAGAAUAAGUAUUAAGAUAUAAUAUUGUCAAAAUAAUAUGUACAGGUAAUCCUCCCGCGGUAUUUUAUAACACGAUUCGACUCUAACACGAAGAGAUAAAUUCACCAAAACCCUCUUAUAACACGAUAAUGAGAUUUUUGUUUAAAAUAAUUUAGGAAAUUACAUUAUGCAUUAUGAACACACAAUAUCUUGGAAUAACUGAAAUUUUACUGCUUAUUUUUUAUGUAUAAUAGAUAAAAUAAUUGUAAAAAUAGACAUGCUUUAAAAAAAACCGACUUCAAAUAGAAAAAAAAAAGAUAUUCCAAAACAAAUUAAUAUACACUAAAAACAAUAAUCAUCGAAAUUGGUUGGCGUGAUAUUGAGUUAUUCAUCUAUUUGUCGCGCACGUACUUAAUUCAAAUUUAAGACAUAUAUGGUUUUCUCAUGGAUACCAUUAUCAGAACUGGACUAAAUUGAAAUGGGACCACACGGGAAGCGUCAGCUUUCUAAUAAAAAAAGAAUCAUCAAAAUCGAUUCACCCAGUCAAAAGUUGAAUUGAGAACAUCCUCCUUUUUUGAAGUCUGCUAAAAAUACAUACAGGCAUAGUUGAGAUGUUUAAUUCAGAAAAAUAACUCCUCUCUGUACUGGCUUCCAGUGUCACAUAACACGGUUUCACACAACACGUGGCUUUGUAUCUACCGUGUUAUAGGAAGGUUAUAUUUUGUAAUAAUUUGAAUAAUAAAUCGAAAUAGGCCAUCACAGUCACUGAAUAAAUAGGCCAAUGUUAAUCACCGACUCAGAAUGAAAUUUAAUGACUGAAUCGAUAAGUAACUCAGCACUUGUUGUUAUUGAGAAUAAACAUAUCGUCUUCUCGCGUUAAAACUAUAAUCUCAAAACUUACAAAUUUUUCAGGAGAGUGUUUUAAAGGUUUAACGAGACUUUCACUGAUAGGUAGCUGAUGAUAUAAGUAGUAACUUAGGCUACUUUUUUUAGACUAGCUUUCGCCCCGCGGCGUCACACGCGAUACGACAAUAACUGCGGGUAACAUCGCGGGACUCGGCUAUCAAUAAUAAAAUUUAAUGUUUCGGAAACGAAGUGAGGGCGGGUCGCUAGUAUGAUAUAGAAGUAUUGUCCGCCCGUUGAUAUAAUCAGAACGGACGACAUUGAUUAAAAGUUAUUGAUUAGCUUUACUUAAUGUUAUCAAUAAGAAAAAAAAUGCGUGUUUUUUACUACCGUCAAAUCCGUCAAUAAAUAACACAACACUAGAUAAUGUAAUAUAUAAAAUGAAUUUAAGUUUUUUAGGUGUCUAUGAUUUUUGUUCGAAUUCUAUCAACGGGCGAAGAUUAUGUCGUAUCGUAAAUAAAUAAAUAAAUAAACUUACUAUUUCCAAAUAUAAAUGUUUUUAAGGAAUACUGUUCGGAGUUGUCCGUUGAUUGCAAUUUUAUAAUAGUAACGUGGAGAUACGACUUUAUGUUACUGAUAAUGCUGUUGGAAAAGUUAGCGGAAUCGUCAUGAAUUUAGAUGAAGUUAUUUGCUAAGUGAAUUUAUUAAUAUAUAUUUUUUAAUACUGUAUAAACUAUUAUAUGUAUGUAUGUAUAUAUUUGUAAUUUAAUAUAGAUUUCCUUGCACCUACCACUAUUUACUCUGCACUACCUUUGGUUGACUGGUAGAGAAUGCCUUAGGCAUUAAGUCCGCCAAUGUAAGUUUUACAUGAAGUGUAAUAAAUAAAUAAAUAAUGUUUACGCACAUUUUGAGGUGCGAGAUUGAAGACUGCUGUAGUCGCUUUGGGUAAUAAUUCCAAAACAUAUAGGUAGGGCGGUGGUGUCAAUAUUUGUAGACCGACGCGUCCACUGGUGGGGGCCCCCCCGCCGCGCGCCCCUCACCUCCCCCCGCCGCCCCGUUGAAACUUCAACGUUCCCUACAAGCUCUAGUUCUAUUGUUAAAUAUUUUGGUAUCCGCUUAACACCUGAUGAGCUUUGAGCUCGUGUUCCUGUGCUAAUAGUAAAAUGUUUAAAUCAGACGUAUGUAUGUAUUCGUUCUGUAUGAAUUAACUUAAAGCUUGUGAUUUUUUCAGCUUAAUUAUAAUAAUUAUUCGAAUUGUAAUGUUUGAAAAUCGUGUUAUUAUAUUUUUGAGAUGAUUAUGAUUGUUAUAAAUCGUUAAAGAACUGAUGA